AUGCUACACCAACAAACUGCUUCUACUCUAGUAAACGGGUCGCGACUCAAGCUUGCUUCCUCGUUCAUUACUACCUCCACCACGGCCACCGUCAAGUCUCCCGCCCCCAGCGUACGUGCCUCCUCCGAGGACUCCGUCCCUCGCCGAUCCCACCAGACAAUGGCCGCCGCCGCCGCCCCUCCCGCCGCCCCCACCGCGACAACCCGGCCCCCGGGCACCUACUUCCCUCUGGGAUACAAAGAUGCCGUCUACCAAUGGUGGAGCAGCGUCACCCCCCAACAGGCCGAGCGAAACGUCCUCAGCCACAUCCCCUACCUGAAAGAGGCCCGCGAGAACGCCUCCCUCGAUUCCGAUAAGCAUGACCCCUUCGGUCCGCGGGUAUGGAAGUCGCAAAUGGUCGAGCUCUCCGGGAAGGAUCGCGCCCUGAACGAGUACUCCAUCGAGCGUGUCGGCGAAGAAGUCGACAACAACCUCGUCAUCAUCCACGGCUACGGCGCAGGCCUCGGGUUCUUCUACAAGAACUUUGAGCCGCUGUCCCGUCCCAAGGGCUGGAAGCUCUACGCCCUCGACAUGCUUGGCAUGGGCAACUCCACGAGACCGCCUUUCAAGGUCACCGCCAAGGACCAGCAGGGCAAGACGGCCGAGGCCGAGGCCUGGUUCAUCGAUGCCCUCGAGGAGUGGCGGAAGAAGCGCAACAUCGACAAGUUCACCCUCAUCGGCCAUUCCCUCGGCGGCUACCUCUCCGUCGCCUACGCGCUGAAGUACCCGGGCCACCUCAAGAAACUCAUCCUCGCCUCCCCCGUCGGCAUCCCCGAGGACCCUUACGCCGUGAACGCAGCCAUGCCCGAACCCGAAGAGUCGACGUUCCAAAACGAGUUCACCCAAGACCAAAACACCGUCACCAACGACGACCGGAACUCCAUGACGUCCCGCGCCAGCAAGAGCGGCGCCAAGAACUCAAACAACGCGCCGAAGCGCCCCUUGCCGGGCUGGCUCGUCUGGCUGUGGGACGCCAACGUCUCCCCCUUCAGCAUCGUCCGCUUCACAGGGCCCCUCGGCCCGCGCUUCGUCUCCGGAUGGACCUCGCGCCGCUUCAACCACCUGCCCCCGGCCGAGUCGCAGUCCCUGCACGACUACGCCUUCUCCAUCUUCCGCCAGAGGGGCAGUGGCGAGUACGCGCUCCCCUACAUUCUCGCGCCGGGCGCCUUCGCCCGCAGCCCCAUGGUGAACAGGAUAGACGGCGUUGGCCGGCAGAUCAUCGAGAAGAACGGCGAGAAGCUCAAGGAGACGGGCGUCCCCAUCGUCAUGAUGUACGGCGAGAACGAUUGGAUGGACGUCGCCGGCGGAUAUGCCGCGGAGGAGAAGCUCAAGCAGGCGAAAAUGCAGGCCCUCCUCAAGGGCACUGACGAGGAGAAGAGGAGAGAGAACGGGUCCGCCAAGGUGCUCAUUGUUAAUAAGGCCGGACACCACCUCUACCUCGACAACGCCAGCCAGUUCAACGACUACAUACUGAAAGAGAUGGAAGAGACACAAAACAGCAAGCUCUAG